ACAAGAUAACGUACAUUUAUAAACGCAAUUAAAUGAAAAUCUCAUUUUUGGUUCCUUUUUCGAGACCUUACGAUGUUCAAAUUAUUUAUUGUAAUCUGUCCUAUUUUGGUGAUCACUCUGCCAUUCGUGGCCAGUAGCCUUGUGGAUGAGACUUGUGUAGUUUCAGGAAUUUUCAGAAAAAAUGGAACAUCAUGUCGUGGUUACUAUAAAUGUACAUAUUUAAGCAAAUUUUAUAAGGCCGAUUAUACGUGCUCAUCCAACACAGUUUUCAAUCCGACCACCCUUUUAUGUGACAAAACUGCCAAAUGCAUUGAUGACAUUUGUGACGACCCAAACGUUCAAAAUGGAGAAAAAAUUCCAGAUCCUAAUAGUGUUGAUGGGAAGUCUGGUUCAUACAUAACUUGCCUGGAUAAAGUUCCAAUUGUUUCUCCUUGUGAAAUAGGAUCCUUCAAUGAAGAGUGUGGAGAAUGUGUGCCUGGAGGAACAUGUUAAUUUCAUAUUAUCUAAUUACUUAGAUUUAUUUGUAAAAUUGUUGAUAGUUCAUCCUUUUUUAGAAAAUUAAAUGUUUAGUAUUUUA